GAAUGACGUCAGCGCGUAGCGUCGACAGGGCUCGCGAUGUAAACAGACGAACCCGAUCAGUGUGAUCGAUUCUCUGAUCGAUCUUCGGGCUGAGCGCUGCUCUGAAGUCGGACCGAGUCCAGUUGGGUUCUGAGCUGUUAGCUGCUGGAGCUAACUCAGCUAGCUGCUAGCACGUUAGCACGGAACAAAAUGGAUGAUAACAAGAUGGUGGCUGGUAAAGUGAAGAAACCUGGAAAACGCGGCCGCAAACCUGCAAAGAUCGACCUGAAGGCCAAACUGGAGCGGAGCCGGCAGAGCGCCAGAGAGUGUCGGGCCAGGAAGAAGCUGCGGUACCAGUACCUGGAGGAGCUGGUGUCCAGCAAGGAGCGGGCCAUCUGCGCCCUGCGGGAGGAGCUGGAGAUGUACAAGCAGUGGUGUUCCGCCAUGGAUCAGGGCAAGAUCCCCUCCGAGAUCAAAGCUCUGCUGACCGGAGACGAGCAGAAGCUUCCUCAGAGCGGCAGCAGCACCAAGACGUCCAAGAACAGCAAGAACAGCAUCAGCAGCUCCACGGGUCAGGGCUAGAACCUCCCGCUGCGCUCCAUCCACGGCCACAUUUCACCGGUUCUGAUCCAGAGUGAGCCUCUGUAGGUUCGUUCUGUCUUUCCUUCAGCAUCAGUGACUGAAAACCAGCAACAGGAGAAACUCGAGCUCCUCCUGAGAAGCUUCAGACUCCGGAUCAGACGGCCCGGAGACGGAGUUCACUGGAUCCAGUCUGUUUCCUACAAGUGUUUAAAUCAGUCGCUUCAGUUCUCUGUAGGUGUGUUAACGUUGGAGAUGGUUCUGAUCAAAUCAAACUGGACUCAUUGAAUCAAGGUGUUCUGUUCUGGUGAGUUUAACGGCUUGAACCAACAUUUUUAAAGCAAAAACUAAAAUUCUAAACAUGUUUUAUAUUUAAAUCUCACCUGAUGUCAAAGAUUCUGAAUUCAUUCUUAACAUAAUCAUAAUAAUCAUAAUAACUGAGUUGUUUUCAGUAUAAACAGGAAGUUGUGUUGAAGAUGCUCUUUCCUUUUCAAUUGUUUCCUUCACGUGUAAGAAUUCUAAAUACGUUGUGAAUACGUUGUGAACAUGAGUGACUUUCAGAAACAGACGCUGAACUCAGAACACAGAGAACAGAAGCAGUGAGCUCGUCACAUACUUUCAUUCUGAUGAAGUGAUUCUGUGUAUGUGAACCCAGAUAUGAUCCAGUGAACUCUGUUUGGUCUCUGGUUGGAGCUGCAGGUUGUUGAGCUGUAGUUUGUGUGUUUGGUGGUUUUCAGGUCUGUGUGUCGCUGCUUCCUGUUUGUCCACAUCUGCUCUGGAUUCUCUGUCGUAGCAUCAAACUCCAUCAGCUGCUGGUAGAAUCGUGUCUAUUUUUGUAUUUUAUAUGAGCUGAGUGUUUGUUGGACUUGGUUCUGAACAUGUUUGUGCCGCGUGGAGCUAACCGUGAAGCUCAGACUUGGUUCCUGACCAACAAAGCUUUUGUUUUGUUUUUGUCAGAGGAGAUCAAAUCCUCGACAGACGUUUGUGCACUUUCUUUAAUUCCUUAAAGCACUUUGUUAGAUUGUGUGUUAAAGUUUUCAACUUGUGUUUCUCAAAGCAAAUAAAAGUGUUUGAUUCUCUGA